AUUUAUGAAUCGAUCUAAACUCUGCAGUUAAUCUCGUUCCGUUAUGUUAUCCGCGAAGAAAUUCAGUUCUGUUGUAUUGACCUCUUUACGAGUCUCCAAUUUUUCUCCGCGAUCACAUUACGCGUUUGCUUCUCCAAUUCUGCGACACUACUUGCAUUCUUCCCCGCAACAGCCGACAUUGUCAGCUCUCGAAAAUGUCGUUCGGGAGGUGGAUGCCAUACAAACAUUGUCGAGUUCGGCUGUUGACGCAGUGGCAGAAAAAUUUCGGUGGACUUUCAACGCAUUGGAACCAGACGAAAAAUCAUAUGCCUUGCUACUGCUGGCAAGUAAAUUCAAAGUAGAUGCCAGUUUAGUUAAGGCACAAUGUGAGGAUUUCAUCAGAGUUUCUGUAAGACAGGCGGAAAUUAGUAAACGUAUCAAAUCUGGCGAUCUAACAUCCUCGCAACAACUCCGACAAAUGGAUACUGUACUGUUCAACCUGAUGACGAUGUGGUUUGGCCGAGAAUUUCUCUCUUUGGAAAGACUUACUUGGGAGAGUUCGUGCAGUUUGCUGGAGAAAAUUGCCGAAGGAGAAGCCGUUCACCGCGUUCGCCAUUGGCUUGAUCUCAAACGGAGACUCGGAAUGUAUCGCAGGUGUUUUGUCUUCACUCAUCAAGCGAUGCCCGGCGAGCCCUUGAUCGUUGUUCACGUGGCCUUGAUGCCUUCGAUCACAUCAUCUAUUCAGACGAUCGUUCAAGCAUACAGACAAGGUAAUGAACGGUUAGAUGAACUGGAAGACGAGAACAAGAUCGAAGCCGCGAUAUUUUACUCGAUAUCUUCCACGCAACGAGGAUUGCGGGGAGUUGAACUCGGAGGACACUUGAUCAAAAAAGUCGUCGAUCAGCUGCGCUGGGAAUUCCCGCAUCUUGCCAAAUUCUCGACUUUGUCGCCGAUUCCCGGAUUCCGGUCCUGGCUGUUGGUUCGUAUGCACGAGGCGGAACGUGGGGCAGAGGAAGGUCUCCUGACGAAGUCAGAAAUCGAACAGUGGAAUCAAGUUCUUGGAUCGAAGGGUUUUUGGAAAAAUGCCAUAGAUGCCAUUGUAAAUUCAACGUGGUGCAAAUCGAAGGAGCAUUCGGAGCUAUUUAGACCAGCCUUGCUGAGGCUGUGUGCAAGGUACCUGUUCAAAGAAAAGCGCCGGGGAUUUGCGCUUGACAGAGUUGCAAAUUUUCAUCUGCGGAAUGGGGCGGUUCUAUGGAGGAUCAAUUGGUUAGCUGACACCUCACCUAAAGGUUUGGAAGAUUCUUGCUCCAUGAUGGUGAAUUACCGGUAUUUUCUGGAUUCGUGUGCUUCUAACAGCAAGGAGUAUAUCAAAAAUAAGGUCGUCGCCGUAGAGGACCACAUCGUGUUGGAGAUAUUGGAUCAUAUCAACAAGAAGCUGUCCUCGUCGCUGGAAUAUCGUGAUAAAUUAGACGGCCUUCUCAAGCUGACGUCUUUCUUGGAGCAAAUUGCGGAACGCUCUACUUGUGACGAAGAAAAUCGACUGAAGGAAGCUGCAGUAUUGAAUUUGGCUCCGAUUCUUUGCGAACAGCUGGGUCAGAUAUCCAAAGUUUCUGAACUCUCCCAAGUUGUCGAAAGUGACAAAAUCACUCAACUCGCAACUUCGUCCGAUAAAGUCCAGAAUUCAACCUCUACAUUUCAAUUGAUAGUUUUGGAGCACAACAAGUUGAGGCAGAGAUACUACGAAAUCUAUUCCACCACCAAUGAUUUGCUGAACGAGUUGAACAAGAUGGUCGUUGAAGUCGACAAGAAGCUGAGGAUAAUUGAAUACGAAACUUCCACAAAAACUUACGAAUAA